GCAUAGACAAAUAAAUGGCUAUUCAAUACUGAAGACCCAUUGAGUGUUUUCCCCAAUUGAUAAAGCAACUUCGCUCGAAUGUGCACUGCACACUCGAUCGUAUUGUCUUCAUCAUUUGAUAAACAACGUUAAAUUAACACUAUAACAUCCGGCAUGCUGCUGUCCAAGAAAUAUGGGUCUGUUUUCACGGUUCAUUUUGGACCCACAAAAGUGGUCAUCCUGGCAGGAUACAAGACGGUCAAGCAGGCGCUGGUCAACCAUGCAGAGGAGUUUGGGGACAGGGGCAUGCUUCCUGUGUUGUAUGAUUUCACCAAUGGACAUGGUAUUCUGUUUGGCAAUGGAGACUCAUGGAAAGAGAUGAGGCACUUUGCCCUGACAAACCUUAGAGACUUUGGGAUGGGCAAGAAAGGGAGUGAGGAGAAAAUCUUAGAGGAAAUUCAUUACCUGAUUGAAGUGUUGGAUAAACAUGAGGGUAAAGCAUUUGACACAACCCAGCCAUUGAGUUAUGCUGUCGCCAACGUAAUCUCCAACAUUGUGUACGGCAGCAGGUUUGAAUACUCUGACUCCAAGUUCCGAGCCACAGUGGAUCGAGCCAAUGAGAACCUACGAAUUGCAGGCUCCGUUUCAGUUCAGUUGUACAACAUGUUCCCCUGGCUGGGCCCUUGGCUGAAAAGCAGGAAGCUUUUGUUGAAGAAUAUUGAGAAAAACAAGAAGGAGAUGGAGGAUCUGGUGAGGGGGCUGAAGGAGACUCUCAACCCUCAGAUGUGUAGAGGCUUUGUGGACUCGUUUCUCGUCCGAAAGCAGACCCUGGAGGAAUCUGGCAACAAGAACUCUCACUACCAUGACAACAACCUGAUAUCCUCUGUGAGAAACAUUUUUUCUAAUGGUACUAACACCACAGGGACAACGCUACGCUGGGCUUUGAUGCUAAUGGCUAAGUACCCUCUUAUACAGGACCGGGUCCUGGAGGAGAUCAGCAGCGUCAUAGGAAGUCGUCAGCCCUUAGCAGAGGACAGGAAGAUCCUGCCCUACACUGAUGCAGUGAUCCAUGAGACCCAGAGACUGGCCAACAUUUUACCCAUUGCCAUCCCCCACACCACCAGCCGAGACAUCACCUUCCAGGGAUAUUUCAUCAAGAAGGGGACGCUUGUGUUUCCUCUACUGACGUCUGUCCUACAAGACGGAAGCGAAUGGGAGAGCCCACACACCUUUAACCCCGCCCACUUUCUGGAUGAGGAAGGUCGAUUCACCAAGAGGGAUGCCUUCAUGCCCUUCUCUGCAGGUCGUAGGGUGUGUCUGGGGGAGGGUCUGGCCAGGAUGGCACUCUUCCUCUUCUUCACCUCCCUCCUGCAGCGCUUUCAUUUCUCUCCUCCUCCUGGAGUAACAGAGGAUGAUCUGGACCUCACACCAUCCGUGGGGUUCACCCUCAACCCUUCACCUCACCAGCUCUGUGCUGUGAUCCGGGUCUGAGAUGAGUCUGGGCCUAAUGUAUAUUAUACAUGACUUAGAAAAAAUGCUCCACUUUAGACAAAAAUGCUGUAAUGGGUUACCUCACCGGCUGUGCUGUGAACCAGGUGUGAGAUGAGUCUGGGCCUAAUGUAUAUUAUACAUGAACAAAUGCUCCACUUUAGACAAACAUGCUGAAAUGGGUUACCUCACCGGCUGUGCUGUGAACCAGGUCUGAGAUAAGACCAGUCCCUCAAUGGUUUUGGUUUAAUUUGAUUGCUCUACAAUCCAACAAUGUAAUUGAUUGAUACAAAGCACUGCUAUUAUGUAUGUACAGAAUGCAAUUGUUUUUGCUUGCUGUCCUGCCUUGUCUGGGACUGGACAGUUGUUGCUAAGUAAAGUCAAUCAUUUUUCUAGCUAAUGUUAUCAGUAGUUGAUAUCUAUAUCUAUACCUACCCUUGUGGGCAUGUUUUUAUGUGACUAGCAAACAUACCUAGCCAGAUCUGCUAGCUAGAACAAUGACUAACCAUAAGCUCCAGCAGGAGUGGAACUGCUUUCACUCCAUGAGCGGUUCUAGUUAUGGAAGGAGACUUGAAACAAAGAAAGACUGCAUUGACACAUGAAACCCAAUUUGGAUAUUUUUCCACUGUUUAGUCUUUUGACCAACCAUAUCAGCACUUUUGCCUACAAUUGGACAAAAUAACAGAAUUGGGCUACCUGUGUAAAAGCAGCCAAAAGGUCUCACUUAAAGUGAAGUUGUUUACAAACUGUUCGCUAGCUGGUGGCUAGUUUAAGCUACUCCUUGUCCAUUGAUAUUAGCUAGUGGUAAGCCCUAGCCACAUUAGCUACUGUACUAAUGACUAUAUAUAUAUUUGGGCACGAAAAUCCAUUUUAUUGCACCUUUAAGCUUUCUUGUCCCAUUCAAACGGGCCAACCAAAGGUACAUAACACUAACAGUGUCUGUUAUUGAUAACAGUUAGAUGAUUGACUCUGCUAAGCUUGAUUACACCCCAAAGAUAAAUAAGCUAAGACGUAGGCUUCUGAUUGGCCUUUGACUAUUUGAUUAGUAGCGUGUCAGAGGGCUCCAUAUGUAUUGCUAAUCAAUAAUACAGUUGAGUGUGCUUGACAUCGGCAACAGUUCGUCAAAUUCUGGUCCAUUUAGUCAACUUGGGGUUCGGCAUAGAAUAGAAUUUGAAUUACUGUCUGUGCUCAGUGGGAACCAAUCACUGUGCAGCAAUGAAACAUUUUCAACUUGUAGAUUUCACCAAAACAUUUAAUAAAGUCUUAAAGUGGAACUGACAGUAUUUUAGCAACAUGAAAUGGUAUUAACAUCUGUUCAUAUACACCCCCAGGAAGAAUAUGACAUCUUUUCGUUUAUAUCUUCAGACAGGUGAGCACUUAGAUAUGGUCAUUUUCAUCAUAAAAUGUUUGGGAAUGACGUAUAGUAAGGCAUUUGUGUGAAUUCUAUAGCAAUAUAAAGCUGCCGUGCUUUUGCACAAUGACUAGACACUGCAUUAACAGAGCAAAUGAAAUGUAACCAUACUUUAAAAGUAAUAUGUUUAAGUAAUAAGGCAUGAGGGGGUGUUUGGUAUAUGACCAAUAUACCAUGGCUAAGGGCUGUUCUUGGGCACGACGCAUCACGGAGUGCAUGAACAUAGUCCUUUGCCAUGACAUAUUGGCCAUAUACCACAAACCCCUAAGGUGCCUUCUUGCUGUUAUAAACUGGUUACCAACGUAAUUAGAGCAGUAAAAAUAAAUGUUUUGUCAUACC